AUGCAGCUGUGGAUUCAUCUACUUUACCCAGCUCUCCUUGCCUGUCUAUCUUUACAGUCCCAAUCACCAAUGCCCCCAGUCAGAGGUUCUUGUGACACUCUUUGUAACUGUGAAGAAAAAGAUGGCAUAAUGCUAAUAAAUUGUGAAGAAAAAGGCAUCAAUAAAUUAUCCCAAAUAAGUGUGCCACCAUCACGACCUUUCCAGUUAAGCUUAUUAAAUAAUGGCUUGACAGUGCUUCACACCAAUGCCUUUUCUGGGCUUGCCAAAGCUCUCUCAAUACACCUUGGAUUUAACAACAUUGCUGAUAUUGAGGCUGGUGCAUUCAAUGGCCUUGGACUUCUUAAGCAACUUCAUAUCAAUCACAAUUCUUUGGAAAUUCUUAAAGAGGAUACUUUCCAGGGUUUGGAAAACCUGGAAUUCUUGCAGGCUGAUAAUAAUUUUAUUACAAUUAUUGAACCAAGUGCCUUCAGCAAGCUCAAUAGGCUGAAAGUGUUGAUUUUAAAUGAUAAUGCGAUUGAGAGUCUUCCUCCAAACAUAUUUCGAUUUGUUCCUUUAACCCAUCUAGAUCUUCGUGGAAAUCAGUUGCAAACAUUGCCUUAUGUUGGUUUUUUGGAACAUAUUGGACGGAUAUUGGAUCUCCAGUUGGAGGACAAUAAGUGGGUCUGUGAUUGUGAAUUAUUGCAGCUAAAGAACUGGUUAGAAAACAUGCCUCCACAGUCCAUAAUUGGUGAUGUUGUGUGUAACAGUCCUCCACCUUUCAAAGGAAGCAUACUGAGUCGCCUGAAGAAGGAAGCCAUGUGUCCUACUCCACCAGUGUAUGAGGAACAUGAGGAUCCAUCAGGAUCUUUGCUGGCCAUAACAUCUUCAAGUGACAGCCGCCUAUCAUCCAAGAAUACAUCCAUUUUAAAACAACCUACCAAAGCACCAGGCUUGAUACCUUACCUGACAAAGCCAUCCACUCAACUUCCAGUACCAUACUGUCCUAUUCCUUGCAACUGCAAAGUCCUCUCUCCAUCGGGACUUCUAAUCCACUGUCAAGAGCGCAAUAUUGAAAGCUUGUCAGAUCUACAACCUCCUCCACAAAAUCCUAGAAAGCUGAUUCUUGCGGGCAAUAUUAUUCAUACCUUAGUGAAGUCUGAUCUGAUGGAAUACUUCACUUUGGAAAUGCUUCACUUGGGAAACAAUCGUAUUGAAGUUCUUGAAGAAGGAUCAUUUAUGAAUCUAACAAGACUACAGAAGCUCUAUCUCAAUGGUAAUCAUCUAACCAAACUGAAUAAAGGCAUGUUCCUUGGUCUUCACAGCCUUGAGUAUUUGUAUCUUGAAUAUAAUGCAGUAAAGGAAAUAUUGCCAGGGACCUUUAACCCAAUGCCUAAACUGAAAGUUCUUUAUUUAAAUAACAACCUCCUUCAAGUUUUACCACCACAUAUUUUUUUAGGUGUUCCUCUAACUAGAGUCAAUCUUAAAACAAACCAAUUCACUCAUUUACCUGUAAGUAAUAUCUUAGAUGACCUUGACUUAUUGGUCCAGAUUGACCUUGAGGAUAACCCCUGGGACUGUUCCUGUGACCUGGUUGGAUUGCAGCAAUGGUUGCACAAGCUUGGCAAAAACACCAUGACAGAUGAUAUCCUCUGCACGUCCCCAGGGCAUCUUGACAAAAAAGAACUAAAGGCCCUCAACAGUGAACUUCUGUGCCCUGGUUUAGUGAAUAACCCUUCUUUGCCAACUCAGACAAGCUACAUCAUGGUGAGUUCUCCCACAACAGACACAGAUACAGCUGGUACCAUUCUAAAUUCUCUCACUGAUGCUGUCCCUCUGUCAGUUCUAAUAUUGGGACUUUUGAUUGUGUUCCUAACUAUUGUCUUCUGUGCUGCGGGGAUUGUGGUCCUUGUCCUCCACCGUAGGAGAAGAUAUAAAAAGAAAAAAGGAGAUGAGCAAGUGAGAGAGAACAGUCCUGUACACUUGCAUUACAGCAUGUAUGGUCAUAAAACAACUCACCAUACAACAGAAAGACCCUCUGCCUCUCUCUAUGAGCAGCAUAUGGUGAGCCCAAUGAUCCAUGUCUACAGAAGUCCGUCCUUUGGUCCUAAGCAUUUGAAAGAAGUUGAAGAAAGGAAUGAUAAAGAAGGAACUGAUGCAAAACCUCUUCAGAGGAGCCUCUUAGAACGGGAAAAUCAUUCACCACUUACAGGUUCAAGUAUGAAAUACAAAACUACAGACCAUUCACCAGAUUUUUUAUCCUUUCAGGAUGCAAGUUCAUUGUAUAGGAACAUUUUGGAGAAAGAAAGGGAACUUCAGCAACUGGGCAUCACUGAGUAUCUAAGAAAAAACAUUGCUCAGCUCCAGUCAGAUGUGGAAGUCAACUAUCCUGGAGCCCAUGAGGAACUGAAAUUAAUGGAAACAUUGAUGUACUCACGGCCAAGGAAGGUGUUGGUGGAACAGACUAAAAACGAAUAUUUUGAGCUCAAAGCUAACUUGCAUGCGGAACCCGACUAUUUAGAAGUCUUGGAGCAGCAAACAUAG